UCAAGGGGUUGGCACCGCCAAUUUAGAUGUGAAGAAACCGACAGAAUUGUCAAGAUGUCUGCGGUGAGUGCCGACAGGCCAGUUAGAGGCUACAUCGAUGGAUGCUUUGAUAUCAUGCAUUCGGGACACUACAAUGCCAUUCGUCAGGCGAAGAACAUUUGUGACAUUUUAGUGGUUGGAAUCCACUCAGAUCAAGAGAUUGCAGAGAACAAGUCCAUGCCCGUAAUGCGUCAAGAAGAGAGAUAUCGUUUGUUGGACCACAUCAAGUGGAUUGAUGAGAUCCUUUAUGACGUUCCCUACUCACCAGAGAUUGCAACUCUUGAACGUGCACGAGCAGAUUUCUGCAUCCAUGGGGAUGACAUGCCAGUGAAUUCUCAGGGUUUUUGUGCUUAUGAUGAGAUGCGAAAUGCUGGACGCCUGCGCAUCAUCAAACGAACUGAAGGUGUCUCAACAACUGAUCUCAUUGGGAGGCUCCUGACCUUAUCACGCAAUCAGCCUUCAGAUUUGGGCGGAGCUUCCCCAACCAUGGGUUUACGCAUGAGCGCAGAUGAGGUCAUUGAGGCAGCAGCUGCAGGAGAUUCAAAUGCCGUGAAACUUUUGAGGGAAUCGGUCCAGCAGCUGGUGGCAAAAUAUCACAUCAGCAGCCAAGAUGCCGCACCUCUGCAAGAUCAGAUUCAAACACUUGAGACAGUGCUGAACCAGAAGCCGCGAGACCUACGAGACAUGCAAGAUAAGGGAGACGAGAGCCAAAGCCAAGGCCAAGGCGGAUAUGCUCGGACCCAGGUACCUGUGCAACUGUUGGCCAGCACGCGGCGUAUUCGAGAGUUUUCCUCGGCAAAGCAACCAACAUCCGAUGAUUGCGUUGUCUACGUCAGUGGUUCUUUUGAUAUGUUUCAUGUCGGCCAUGCUGAGUUUCUGAAGGACGCUCGUGAACUUGGCACUUUUCUGCUGGUGGGGAUUCAUGAUGAUGCAAGCAUAAGCAAAGCCAAGGGUCAGAAUUUGCCUGUGAUGAAUCUCAAUGAGCGUGUCCUCAACGUUUGCGCUUGCAAGUGGGUCGACGAAGUCAUUAUCGGUGCUCCCAUGAGUGUCACCGAAGAUUUAGUGAAGACAUGGGACAUUCAUGUUGUUGCUAAAGGAUCAGGUCACAAGUGCAAUGCAGGGGAACCCAAAUAUGAUCCUCGCUUUGAAGUGCCCAAGAAAUCUGGCAUUUUCAAGGAGCUGCCUUCGCGCUGGCCGGACCUGUGCCAUGAUACAGUGGUGGAGCGGAUCAUACGCGGGCGAGAAGAAUACCUGACCCGAAACAAAGACAGAGCAAGACGUGAGGACUUUGGUGACUAUGGUUAGACUUGGCCACACAUGGGGUCACAGGCGGAAAUGUUGUUUGUUCAUGUUUGUUCUUUCAAUUGAGAUUCAUAGCGGAGCACGAGCCGCUAAACUGCAGUGAAACAUGUCAAGCAUUGUUAAGCAUAGAUAGGCAGUACAACUGUCAGGACACCUACUACGAGACCAAGAAGAUUUCCAAUUCAGUGGCGGAAGCGUAGCUGUCCCACCCCGACUCGUUGAAUCAGCGCAGAUUUCCAAAGCUCUUGAUUUUGUAUUGACAUAGAUGUCAUAGAUGUAUGAUCGAUGUAUGUAUAUAGUGUUUCACCAUGUCACGCCCAGCGCAGAGGCUUCAAAAACUUGAGGUGAGAGAGAGGGCGAGUGGGCGAGUGGGCGAGUGGGC